UAUUAGUUACUCAUUAGUGAACUUUCUUCCGAAUUUUUAUCCCGUGCUUGCUCCUUAUUGUUUUUAUCUAACAAUUAAUUCAUCCAUAUUAAACUGUGAUAGAGGACAUCACUUAUAUGUGUUCCUUGAAAAUUCAGAAUUCGGGUCAUUAUCUUCUAGCUAAUGCUUUCAUAGUUUAACCAUGUUCUGCAAGUCAGUUGCUGCUCCAGAUUACCAAUGUGAUAAUUUGAACCACUGUUCUAAAAAUCUUUUUAAAAACAAAAUGAUUUGUGAAUGAAACUUACAGAGGGCUUAUGAUGCAAGCAUAUUCAUGCAUAUUUACCUGAUCUAAUUUAAUACAAUUUGAACAUGUUAUGCAGAUCAAAACUCAUGACUAUAUGGCAAAAUUUUUUCAUGCAAUUAUCCAGUUUAACAUCUUAAUUGAUUUUGAUAGGGACGUGUGAGGCUACAUAUCUUUAGGUUACUUCAAGCAGAUAACUAAGGCUGGUGAGAUUGGGUCCUCGACUAUGCCUCAUAAAGUAAAUCCCAUUGAUUUUGAAAAUAGUGAGGGCAAUCUUGGGAAGGCUAAUGGAGGUCUAUCCCAUUUAAGCAUAAAAUUACCUAUUUCUCGUUGGCAGGACAACUUGCUCGGGAAGUUUACGAGAACAUUAGGAGAGGCUUCUUGUCUGAGAAUUCAGAGAGAUUUUUGUAUGCAUCUUGCUAGGAAAGCUUAUAAAGAAUUGUGCUCCUCUGUUGUUUCUAUUCAGGCUGGCAUGCGUGGAAUGGUUGCACGUAAUGAGCAUCGCUUCAGAAGGCAGAUUGGUUUUUAUGGAAAGUUUUCAUUGCUGUAUUCUCUUAGACUACUUGACUACAUGAAUUGUGGAUUUGGAUGUAUUAGUAGGAACUCCAACAAUUUCUUUUUACACUAGCUUCUGUUCAACUUAGUUCUUUAAAAUUACCAUACUAUAAGCAUUUAUAAUAA